GUCACUCUCAAUAAUGUUACAGGCACUUUUUUAAUUCACCGGUCAUUACGAAGACAUCAGCCCUGCAACACAGCCCGACGGCCAGCAGGUGGCGCGCCGCGCUACCAUUUUUUUCCAUCGGGGAAUGAACGUAUCCUCCCCAGGAGUGUAAUGUGCACUGACGUCAGCCGGAGUCAAAGAAGGAAGGAGAGUCCGCUGUCUGAGCUGUCAUUAACUAGUUGUAGCGCCGGCGAGGGGGGACGCCGCUUGGUCAGACGUCUUGAGUUGCAACGACAGCGCCCGCAGUUCACAGACACGAAACUCCUGCAGCAGCACAAGAUAACCCACACGGGACGGGACCAAGCCAAGCCGAACGGAGGGCUCUGUCGCUUUCUGACAUGGCUGAUAUGAUACAUAUCAACGAGCCACCUUCGGCGGACGUAGCGAACCGUUUCGCCCGCAAAGGUGCUUUGAGGCAGAAGAACGUCCACGAAGUGAAGAACCACAAGUUCACGGCCAGGUUUUUCAAACAGCCGACCUUCUGCAGCCACUGCACCGACUUCAUCUGGGGAUUUGGAAAGCAAGGAUUCCAGUGCCAGGUUUGCUGCUUCGUGGUCCACAAGAGGUGCCAUGAGUUUCUGCUCUUUGUGUGUGUUGGGGCCGAUCGAAGACCCACGGCCGACCCCAGGAGCAAGCACAAGUUUAAAAUCCACACCUACGGGAGCCCGACGUUUUGCGAUCACUGCGGGUCGCUGCUGUACGGCCUCAUUCACCAGGGGAUGAAAUGUGACACGUGUGACAUGAACGUUCACAAGCAGUGUGUGAUGAAUGUACCCAGCCUCUGCGGCAUGGACCACACGGAGAGGAGGGGGCGGCUCUUCCUGAAGAUCGAAGUCAAUGGAGACAUGCUGCACGUCACAGUGGGCGAAGCAAGAAACCUGAUUCCGAUGGACCCCAAUGGGCUGUCAGACCCCUAUGUCAAGCUGAAGCUGAUCCCGGAUCCCAAAAACGAAACCAAACAGAAAACGAGAACCAUUCGCUCUUCGCUCAACCCCAACUGGAACGAGUCCUUCACCUUCAAGCUGAAGCCCAGCGACAAGGACCGGCGGCUGUCUGUGGAAGUGUGGGACUGGGACAGGACCACCAGGAACGACUUCAUGGGGUCCAUGUCCUUCGGCGUCUCGGAGCUCAUAAAGUCUCCGGUCUGCGGCUGGUACAAGAUGCUCAACCAGGAGGAAGGCGAGUACUACAACGUGCCCAUUCCAGACGCGGAGGAUGGCAACACGGAGAUGAGGCAGAAGUUUGAGAAAGCCAGGCUCGGUCCCGGGAAGAAGGUCAUCAGCCCCCCGGAAGACGUCAGGACCAGUCUUCCGUGCAACAACCUGGACAGGGUCAAACUCUCGGACUUCAGCUUCCUGGCCGUGCUGGGGAAGGGCAGCUUCGGGAAGGUGAUGCUGGCGGAGCUGAAGGGCACAGAGGAGCUGUACGCCAUCAAGAUCCUGAAGAAGGACGUGGUGAUCCAGGACGAUGACGUGGAGUGUACGAUGGUGGAGAAGAGGGUGCUCGCCCAGCGGGACAAGCCCCCAUUCCUCACUCAGCUGCACUCCUGCUUCCAGACGGUGGACCGCCUGUAUUUCGUCAUGGAGUAUGUCAAUGGUGGAGACCUCAUGUACCACAUCCAGCAAGUGGGGAAGUUCAAAGAGCCACAGGCAGUGUUCUAUGCAGCAGAGAUCGCUGUCGGACUAUUCUUCUUGCACAAGAAGGGAGUUAUAUACCGAGAUCUGAAGCUCGACAAUGUCAUGCUGGACUCGGAGGGUCAUAUCAAGAUCGCCGACUUCGGGAUGUGCAAAGAGAGCAUGUAUGAUGGGGUGACGACGAGGACUUUCUGCGGGACCCCCGACUACAUCGCGCCCGAGAUCAUCGCAUACCAGCCCUACGGGAGGUCAGUGGACUGGUGGGCCUACGGCGUGCUGCUGUACGAGAUGCUGGCUGGGCAGCCCCCUUUCGAUGGAGAAGACGAAGACGAGCUCUUCCAGUCCAUCAUGGAGCACAACGUGUCUUAUCCGAAGUCCCUGUCCAAGGAGGCGGUGUCUAUCUGCAAGGGUCUCAUGACCAAGCACCCCUCCAAGAGGCUGGGUUGCGGGCCAGAGGGCGAGCGAGACAUCAAGGAGCACGCCUUCUUCCGCAGGAUCGACUGGGACCGGCUGGAGAACCGCGAUAUCCAGCCGCCCUUCAAGCCCAAAGUGUGUGGCAAGGGGGCAGAGAACUUCGACAAGUUCUUCACGCGCACGCAGCCCAUGCUGACCCCCCCGGACCAGCUGGUCAUCGCCAACAUCGACCAGGCCGAGUUCGAGGGCUUCUCGUACAUCAACACCCAGUUCAUCCACCCCUCCAUACAGAGCGUGGUAUGAAGUCAGGCCGGAGAGGAGCGGGCAGGAACGCAGAACACUCACACACACGUGGAGCUGAUGGGCAAAAAAAUCUGUGACCCAGGAACUAAAACCAACCAACAACUUUUCAUACUUAACGUCUUUCUUAAAACAGUAAAAAAAAAAAACAUAUCGGAAGUGUUGUAGGGGUAUAAUGUGUUAAUAAGUAGUGUGCAAUGUGGCCAAAUCUGGAUUCUGAAGGGGCAUUUAAGCAAACACACAACAAAAAAACCUACACGCGCUUGUCACUGAUUGUGCGUUCACGCAUUACCAGACAGACGACCUUCUUUGUCUGCUGGGAUUGAGAGAGAUCUCGGGAAUUACUGACAAAACUUAAAACGUUAGCUGUUUCUACCUGGCUUGCUGCACGCUCCGAUCAACCUCAAGAAUCAAAAGGCUGAAACAAAACGGCUCAAGCCAUUGUUCCUUGUCUGUGCCUGAAGGGACUGGUUCCCGCCUUGAUCUUCUCCGCUGGUGAGCACCAAGUGGAAUGGCGGAGCGCGUGAGGUGACACAGUCAGCACAGCCUUGUCAAACUGCUGGUCAGAGGUGCAGGGGGAGCCAGUGUUGAUUCAGGGCCUGGCAAGAAGUCACGGCCUAAAAUCAUGGUUCAUAGUAUUGCUUCCUGCUUUUCUCAUACAUAUACAGUAUAUAAUGAUGUAUUAUAUUAAAUAUAUACACACAGUGAUAGAAGGAAUGCAUUUGCCUCUGUUCUAUGGUAGAAGCUCUUGGCAGAAAGAGCUCUGUAGUGUAGAUUACUGGCCACAUCAUUCUCUCUGUGACUCCAGGAAGGCUUGGGCUGGAGACCUGUCUUAUGGCGUUUGUUUCUUUCACAUCCGAUCAUUUCUGUGUUAAAAGUUAAGGCGAGGAUCUUUGAUGGGCCAUUAUGGGUUUUUGUCCAGUUUUUACUUGGUCUCUUAUAAUGAUGCUAAGGGCUGUCAGUGAAUACACUGACUGUCAUUGUAUUCACCAACAUUGGCUGUUUGGCUGUCAGUGAAUACCAACAACCACCUGACCCUGUGGGCAGUCAAAGGCAUGGUUGCAUAUCAGUGAUGAAACCUUCCUAAAGCAUAGUGUGCUAUUGGAGAAGUGCUGUCUUAAUACAUUUACUACAACAUACAAAAUGGAGAAAACACCAUGGCAUUUUCUGCUGUUCCAAAAUGCCAUUGUAGUUCAUAUUUUUGUAUCAUAGCUGUGUCAAAGACUUUUCUGAAGUUACAGUAAUCAAAAUUAAUAUCAGCAGUUAUGUUCUGCCUUCACCCUACAGAUAACGAUAAUAUUUCUUGACCUAAACCUCACCUAUACUUCAUGACCCAUGAUUUUCUUUGCUUAUUAUUACCAUCAUGGAAUUCUGUAAAACAUCCAAAUUGCAAUGUGAUAUGUUAGUCACACACACAAAUCCACUCUCAAUGCAAAGGAAUGAAAAUAUUUAACAAUUUCCAAGGUAGGAUACUGUUUUGUGUCUUACAUUGAUAUAAACCGUGCAUUUUAAUAAACUGUACAAUUUGUCCUGAAAUGGGUCUAUUUGAUGACAGUUAAGUCCAAAUGCCCCAUUUUUCUAAGAUAAUAUCAGACCAUCAGGAGCCGGUCAAGAUGAAAUUGUUAAAUAUUAAUCCAGAUUGAGUGUUAGGGGAAAAAUGUCAAUGCAGUUGAUAACUAAAAGAACCAGUUUUUAUAAAUGUGACAUGCAAACCUUAUUGCAUGUUUCUAUUUAAGAAAUAUAGAGUCCUUCUAAACAUAAAGGUGUCAAUCUAGCAGUGUAAAUCAGAUGUUUGUUUUAUUCCAACAGAUGUGCUGUAUUUGUGGAGGUGGUUUAUUGGUUACAUGUUAAGAAUGAGUUUCUUUAUUAUGUUAGGGUUAUCCAUUAUGCUUGAUUCCAUGCUUUCCCUCUCUCUUCCUUAGCUAGACAUGUUUAAAGUGUCAUAGCUAAGCUUGUUUACCAAUUUUAAACACACAAGACAUUUCAGAAAGUUCCAGGUCCAGGAUUUUUUCACACCAAGAUGCGCUUUUACUACUUUAUUCCAAUCAUGAAUAAAGUUUCUUCACGAAUGGUGAUUUGUGAAGAAAUAAGAAAAUAGUAAUAACGAAAGAAUGAAAGUGUCUGUAACAACAUUGUGGGAUAUGUCCUCUGUGUAUUUAAUAACUUUGGUGCCUGUUAGAUUGCAGAACCUGUCUGUGAGCUCUCAUUUCUCCCGGGAUGAGCAGAGGAUGUUGUUGGCAGAUUUUGUGUUUCAUGUGGGGGCAUAUUUGACUCCGACACUCAGCAUGUACUGGUAGAAUGCAUACUUGCCUUGGAAUUACUGUUAAGUGACUUAAACAAUGUCACCCUCCUGUUGUGCAUGUAUUGUACAAUAAGCAAGAUGCAUGCGAUAAGUGUUGCAUGAAUCGCAGGUCACGGUAUUACAGCAUGUAAUUUAUGUGUCCAGAGAAAAUGAGACAUUCAUUGCAGGAUAUAUCCUUCCCUUGUUUUGUUACUUUGUUCAACCCAAAUUCUUAAAUAUAGAAAUAAUUCAAAGAUGUAAUUCAUAUCCUAGAAGCUCGCAGGUGCUGAUGAUUACAUGUUUUAACAUUCUUAAUCCUUCUUAAUGUUUGCACUCUCACAUCUGUCCCUAAAUUAGAGACCCAAAACAGCAGGCACUUAGUGCACAGAGAAAGCCAUGCUAAAAAUAAACCUAGACACCACUGGGAUGACCAGAGCUGCGAAGGAGAAACGCCACCAUUUUAAACCCUAAUGAUUUCUUCAGUUCUUGCUAAGAAACAAAAAGAAAACUUUCUGUAUAACUUUUAUAAAGAUAAACUGGAUGAUACCACAUUGCAGCAUUAAUGACCUUUGGUGAAUUCCUUGCUUUUUUUUUUUAAUACAUUUAUAAAUAAGGUAACAGACAGCUGGUUAUACUUUCAGGACUUCUCAUGCUGUGAAGCUAAAGAUGAUCCUUUCAGGUGUUGCUCUUCACUCACCACACCUCGGUGUCUCAUCCAUGAAGUGUGAAUGACGGAGGGAAUGAGCACAAGCCUGUUUCCAUAGCAGCUGUUCAUCGGCCCAGCUGUCUCGGGGGGUCCCAGAAUGCCAUAGCAUUCAAAUCCACACAGGUGUCCCAUGUGGUCGCGCAGCAGAGGCUGCACAGUCACACCUCCCAGAAUUCAGUUUCUUCAAGAGGUUUCCCGGGUCUCUUUAAGUCACUUGAGUCAACUGGAGACCUGUCAAGACAGGUUAAAUAAGUGUGUAAAUAAGACUCCGCAGGCCCAGCUUCCUCAGGAUAUACAUGAUUCAAAGUCAGAAUGAAAUCUCACUGCAUCUGGCCUCAUAAACAUCUGGAUCGUGGACCCCCAGGUCACUAGGGAUGUUCACGCUGGCUUUGAGCUCAUGCAGGGAUAAACCAAAGCCUGUUGUUUGUGUGUUGUUAGAAAUAAUUGUAAUAAUUAGUCAAGACCCUGUCAAAAUUCCUGCAGACUUUAAAAUUCCACCACUACCAAAUACAGUAUGUCCUAAACGAAUGCAUUGCUGACCCUACACCAAUUACAUUUUUACCUUACAGUUUGUCUUUCCUUCUGUGCUUUUUAUUACCACACGGGUGCCAAGUGAAUACAUUACUUCUUUUUGCAUGAGGGCGCAGUUUUCCCCUGUGGAUCACAGAAAAGACGAGGCGCAGACUGCCUUGUUUCCCAAUGUCUUCAUCUAUACCUGCUUAUUCCCCCUGCGUCUGAGGCGUCUAUUGAACAUUGUAAACUUGUAUUAGAGGCAGCUCUGAAGUGGAUGUUUGUAGGUUGUAGAAGAAAAAACACAUUCUGUAUUUUGCAACAUACAAGUCAGUACUUCAAAAAUUCUGAAUGCCACAUGUUCCUUACUUUAAAACGUGUACCCAGCAAUAUACUUUGUACCUCUUAAGAUGCAUUUUGCUAAGUUAAAAUGAUUUUGCAUUAUAUGUAAGCUCCUCAGCUGACUAGAAAUACAGUAUGUGCAACUAUUACUUUUAUGAGAAUUUCUAACCUGCUUCAGGUAUCCCAUAGAGUACUUAUUUUGUCAAAUAUAUAAUGUAAAUAUUCCUAGCUUUUGGUACAUUUAAUUUUGGUUGUUUGUCUGUCACUGUUCUGAUAUUCAGUAUCCAUCUGAGACUCUCCUGAGAACUUUAGCAGUUAUAGAUUCAAAGUAAGAUAAUUUUUUAUAUUUCACUGUAAGAUUUUAGUUCCAUAUAUGUACAGGCCAUUGAAAUAUUUGUAUUUGGGGAUAGAGCACAAUAGUUUAACUGUUUUUCUGACCAUACAUCCACAUUGUAUUAUUUGGCUGUUUUCAUGUUUGUUUUCUAAUCAUGUGUCAAAACCCUUUUGGUACCUUGUGCCAUAAUCAAGCCCUGCUGUUUCACCAGUGUAUUUCAUACUGUUUGUAAAAGCUACUCCGUUUUUUUUAUUUCAGCAUUUCUUUAGGAGGUAUUAAAAGUAUCGAAUGAAAAAUCCUUUUGUAAUGGGGCGGGGUGAAUCAAAACGUUUCUUAUCGAUGUUGUAACCAAGUGAUUUUAUCGCUUUCGGUUUGUCGUCUCUGGAAACUAAUGCACAUAAAGCUGUUUUGUAUUUUUUUAAAAAGCAAAACUUUCAAAAUGGAAAGAAGUUUGCACAAAUCAGCAGGAAUGGGAUUUCUGUAAGCUGCACUUUGUGAAUCCUUAGGCUUUCAUACAGUAUAUAGAAAUUGAUGCACAACUCUGAGAUGUCUACGUGGAACGAGAAUGUUAUUUUCAUAAUGAAGUCACAGUGUUCUGCAGCGUGGCAGAAUGAUCUCCGUCUGGCCCUGUUAUGGCAGAAAGCGUGGAGACAGAGCAGUUUAUCUUGAGAAGUGAGGUUAACCAGGCACACUAUUCUUAAAGAGACUUUUCUCAUUCAAAUAUUUUCCUUUGAAAGAUAAAAGAAUAGCUGCAGAUAGAUGCACCAUUAAUGAGAGAAUGUUUUUUAUGUUAGUGAAAGCAUUCUAAAACUAAACUGAAAUGCUGCACAAUUCCUGUAGUGCUGAAAAAACUUGCAUCUGGCUAUACUGUAUUUGUGUUUUUUCAAUGCAGUUCCAUCAUCUGCUUUUAUCAGCUCUGGUAUAAGCAUAACAAAGCCUACCAAAUGUACAGUCAGAAUAAAUGUGUGAUUAAUACUGUCUUCCCCUUGAUAAUCUCAGUCUGAUACUGAUCUAAUAUAGAUGACAGCAAAAAAAGAAAGAGGUCCCAGUGCUUUCUACAAGAACAGGGCCAGCACAGUCUCUGUGCUGCAGCAUGCUGUUGAUAGAAUGGUUGUCCUUCAUCAAAUCCUCCUUAACAUAUAUUAUUUUCUUAUAAUUGCCUAAUGGUUCUUUUUCCUUUUUCUUGUUUUGGUCGUCUUUUUCUGUUUUGCAUGUUCUGCUUUGUUCCCUGUUAACUGUAGUUUGAAGGGUGUGUACAAAUAAAGGUAUAUGACAAUGAAGUAA